UCCAGACACACAGUGGCGGAGUGAGCAGCGGACGGAGGAAGACUGAGAGAAGAUGGUGAAACAAGAUGUUCAAAUCCACGUCGGGAUGCUGUUUUUGGCUCUCCAUCUGCACUCGGGAGCAGCUGCUGCAGCGAUGCUGAAAGUUGACAUGGUGCAGGAUGGCAAUGGUGGCAGCGGGGACACCAUCAGCCACUCCCUGACCCUGGUGCAGCGUCUGGAGGCCCUGCUGGUUCAGGGGAACGGCAGUGACCUGUCGCUCAGGGUGGAGACGCCCAGUGCGGACGAGGUGAAGGUGAUCCAGGCUCACUCGCUGGUGCUCUCCCUGCAGAGCCCCGUGUUCGAGGAGAUCCUGCAGAGCCGCAACAGCAGCACGCUGGUCCUGAAAGAGAGCACCGACUGUGCUGCCGUGUUUGACAAGUUCAUCAGGUAUCUGUAUUGUGGAGAGAUUUCUCUGCGUCUGGACCAGGCUACACCUUUACACAAGCUGGCCACUAAGUACCAAGUGACAGGCCUCCAGCAGGGCAUCACCCAUUACAUGACCCAUAAUCUGGCCCGGGACUCCUCCACGGGCCAUGUGGCGGGCUGGUACGAGUACGCCCUGCAGGCCGCGGACGUGAGUCUGAGGGACAGCUGCCUUCAGUUUAUGGCAUGGAACCUGUCGUCGGUGCUGCAGAGCGGAGAGUGGGUGACCAUCAGCAGCCAGCUGCUCAUGUCCUUGCUUCAGCGCUCCGACCUCAUCCUGCAGAGCGAGAUGGAGCUCUUUGCAGCGCUGGAGGCCUGGAUUAUUCAAAACGAGCCAGACGGUCUGACAGCGGAGAACGCUUUGAGAGCUGUGCGUUACGCCAUGAUGCCACCACGAGAGCUCUUCCGCCUGCAGACCCAGUCAUCAAUCCUGGCUCGCUAUCAGGAGUCGGUGCGCGACCUGCUGUACUUGUCCUACCAGUUUCACUCUGCGUCGCCACUGCAUAUGGCCAAAUACUUUGACGUGAACUGCAGCCUCUUCAUGCCCAGGAACUACCUGUCGCCAGUGUGGGGGGCGCCCUGGAUCAUCAACAACCCCUCGCGAGACGACCGCAGCACCAGCUUUCAGACGCAACUGGGGCCCAGCGGCCACGACUCCAGCAAGCGGGUGACUUGGAACGCCCUGUUCUCUCCACGCUGGUUGCCCCUCAGCAUGAGGCCGAUGUACACGGAGGCGGGCGCCAUGCAGCCGACACGUGUGGACGGAGGGCGCCCUCGCAUUAUCAUCACACCGGCCACGUCCAGUGCAGAUUUCGCUGGGGUUAACUUCCAGAAGACGGUGCUUGUGAUGGCUCAGCAGCAGGGGAAGGUGGUAGUGAAAAAUGUCUACAACUUCCACCAGAGCACAGAAGAAAACGGGGAUUUCUUGGCCGAAGCCGACCUGUACCGCCGGACGUCUGAAUACCUUAUCGAUAGCUCCCUCUACCUCCAUAUUGUGGUGAAGCCUCUGUACCAAACCCUCAUGACCGGCAAGAAGUGACCCUGUACCCUCUGAGCCACCUUACCUCAGCGAACAGUCCAACUUUGUGAAGCAACAUCUCACUCAUAUCACAUCAUGGGGAUCUGAAUCCUCCUCGUGUGUGAUGUUUGGAUCAUUUGUCUUGUCUCAUAUAACUGCUGUAUUCAUCGGGCAACUAACACACCAAAGCUUGAUGCAUGACUGUCUGAGAGCAUUUUUAAAUCAUGUGUAAAACAUAAAACGUGUUUAAAAAGGAUAAGUAUGGUGCUAUUCUAUAUUUUUUUAACAAAUCCCAUGAAAGACCAAAAUCCACUAACAAGUAUUGUUUGUCUAUCAAAACCAAACGGAACCUCUGGAGCUGAGCAGUGAAGCAGAAGCGGAAGUCAAAAACUGCAGUUCAUCUAAUGGCCACUUGAGGCUCCAAAAGGGAGUCAAUCCCCAUAAACCCCCAUGUUAAAAGGCCCAACUUUACAGCAGAAAUAAAAACAUGUUUACAGCUACAGCACCAAAUGUGGAUCAUUCCGCAGCUGAAAAUAGACCCCGACAAAUGCACUGAAUCCUACUGUUUGAGUAAUGUUUGUGGAAAAACUACAGUGCCCAUCUGUUUUAGGAUAUUGUGGAGUCUUUCUAAUUCUUUCUUUUUUUUAAUUAGACUAUUUAUUUGUGAGCUGUUUUUAAAGAUUUCAGUAGGAACCAAUGUUCUUGGUGCUGUUAGGCACAGACAGAUAAUCAAAAGAUACGGACAAACAGACGGAAACAUUGUUGGUUUUGGUCUUUUCGUGGAAUUUGUUGUCAACAAGAGAAAUAUAGAAUAUCACCUGCCUUAUCCUUCAUGCUCGAUGUUCUGUUCCUGUUACAUUUCAUUUGUAUUGAUUUUUAAUAUUGGUGCUAUUAUACCUCAUUUAAAAUGAAGGGGUCACAGUUCAUCACCCAGUAAGCACUGAUUUGGUGAUUUACAUUUGUUUCAGCAUUUUAAUGACUAUGUGCCAACAAGUUGUCAGGACAAGCUUUAAAAUGAAGUUUUGUCAUACAUGUUAUAACUUGGAUAUAAAAAAAUUAAACACUUUUCAAACAGAUUUUUUCGAGUUUUAACCUAGAAGUUUCUGACCUGCAUAUCACUAAAUCAGUGCUUACUGGGCACCAAAUGUUCAUCCUGUUGAACUUGCUCCAACAGGAACAUUUUUACUUUUUACUUAAGUCAUAAUGUAGUUACAAAACUACUCUUAUACGCCUUCACACCAGAGUACUGUAGAUGUCAGAGUACCUCCUCAUUAGUUCAUUAAUGUGAUUAAAGUCAUUACUUAGUUUCACUGUUGCAUUAAUCAAUGUUACCUGAUAAUAAACAUUUUUAUUAACUUUUAAA